AAACAACACCAAAAUUUACUAGAAGUUAAAAAUUCAAGACUGGAGCUUGGGGUGGGGUGGGGUAAGCAUCUUUACCCCUAUCCAAUACGGAUAACGUUUUUGACGUUUAGUUUAACUUGAACUGAAUAAAAAACUACGACACUACAGACUAUGAAAUGAUUGAUCAGUCAUUGAUAGUAACAAUGAUAGUGAUAGUAUAGACUACAAACUCCUUACUUAAUGAUUAAAAAUUAGUUUUAGAACCAAAUCAAAAACAAAAAUGUCUUCAGCAGGUUUAAACGACUUGGACUUAAGUCUAUUUUAAGUCUUAGCCCUAAGACUUAGACUCUUGAGUGUCUCAAUCUCAAGCUAAAAGUACUAAAAGCGUAGUUUACUGGUAUGGUAGUUAAAACUUUUAAAAUUAAAAGGUAUUGUUUAAUUAUCAACAAUAUUUACUGAACUAUGCAGUAAUUUUGAUGCUACAAACAUUUAAUUUUGACUUUAUACUUUGACUGAUAACUAUUUUAAAUUUGAAAAAUUGGCUAAUUUGGAGAAAUGUCGCCAUGACGUCAUUUGCAAUUUGCAUGUUUAUUAUAGUUGCAGUGAAUUAGGAUUCAGGUUAGGCGGUUAGGUUUAGGGAUACAUUUAGGGUUCGGAUUAGGUUGAGGGAUACAUUAAGUUUUGGUUUAGUGACAGAAUUAACUGGCCCUGUCAACCAAGAAGGUGGCCAUGUAGCGAUAUCUCUCCAAAUUUACCGAAAAAUUUAAUUUGGUUCACUUUUUAAAAUGAUUUUACCAUCAUUAUAAUAGUAUUAAUAGGGUACUAUAAUUUAAAAUGAUAUUGAUUGCCAAUAUAAUAUUAAAUUGAUAUACAUUACAAAUUAAAUUCGAUUUUACCAGGAAGUCAAUCCUAUCAACAUAUAAAUAAAUAUAAAGUAGUAGUAGACCUACUGCCACUAGUCUAACUAGCAGCUGUAGAAAGUUGAAGGAAGCUUUAGUUUUAGUAACCUUUUUUUGAAAGUGAGAAUAGCUAAAUAUUUUGUUUGCUGAAAUCCUUAUGUAGUGUGGCAUACUAGAAAUAUGUGGAAUAUUAAGGGGGAGACAAAAUCUGUUAAGUUUUCCGUUACAUUGUACUGUGUUCCUUUUUUCCUGAAAGUACUUGAAAUAGCAAAGAACAAUUUAUUUAGUACGGUACAAUUACUAUUUUAAAAAGACACGUCUAUGAGUUAUUUCAACAUAAUCAUUAUCCGUUAUUUUUGCUGCUUUAAGGAUGCUAGAGUGUAACAAAUGUGUAUAUGUACUGGUAAUAUAUGUUUUUAACUUAAUUCCUAUGAAUGUAAAAUAAUUUUUUUUUAAAUUUGUAAUUAUUUUAAAUUAACAAUGCUCAUAUUAAUAUUAAGUUUUAGAGUUAAAAAAUGUAUUAUACUGGGUAUGUAGCAGAUGAUUACAGUUGUUCAGUAUCCUGUGUCUUAUUCACAUUAAAUUAAUGUUUUCUUCAUUAAAAAAAUCAGAUGAGAGACAACCUUAAUAGUUAAGCAAGUUAUAAAAGUUGCAUUCUGAAAACAGAAAAAAAAAUGUUUACUAGUAAACAUGAAGCUCCACUUAAUCUGGCCAGAGAGGAAGUGUUUCUUAGCGGCAAAGACAAAUCCUUUUUAUGGACAAGCCCUCCACACUAUGUCCCAUCAUAUCCUAAUUGGGAAGAACUGCGAGCUGUGCGUUACAAUCCUCGUUUGACAAGGAGAGAUCAGAACAUUGCAGGGGCAGAAGAAAAUUGGACUGAUUAUCACAGACAAAAGCACACACCAAGUGGUCAGUUCUUUGUUCUUUAUAUUAUUUUGUGUGUGUGUCAGUGUGUGUGUGCAUAUUUAUAAUUUAAAAAAUUUAAGCAUUGAAAGAAACAUCAAGUCCUAAUUUUAAGUAAUUACUUUGCAUAAUUGAAAAUAAUUUACUUUUGUUGAAGGCAGUACCAUCAUACAGUUGAAUAGACAUGGUAGACUUAGACCUAGUUAAUAAAUUUUCAGUAUUUAACCUGUUCAUCUUAUUUGUCAGGUUUCUACAGUAAUCAUAUUGGUACCCAGCCUUCAGGUGUUCCAAGUUUAAGACUGAAUGGAUACACUAGGCAUAUUAAUGGAAUGCCCCCAAGGGACAUAUUUUUGAACAGUUGGCCCAAGGCAGAUGGUUGGAUGCCCCCAGCAAGAGCCCCUAGGGGAGAAUACUAUGGAUACUAUCAUGAGGCAUUGGAGUCAGAGCGAUUCAUGAGGAAUCGCUUACAGUCUAUGCAUGAUAGACUUUCUCCUUUUGAUGUCCCAAGAAUUACUUCACUUAACUGUAAGCAAGUUUUCCGGGAUGUGGACUGUGAUUUAGGUGGAGGCCUUUCCUAACUGGUUUCCAAUCACUUACAAUGCAGUAACAUUUGAUGCUUUUAAAAUUUUUGUGAAAUCUCAUGCUUUUACCUAUAUAAGUAUUAUACUCAUAUACUCAAAACAGAUACAUUUUUCUGCAGUAAAAUACAGUAUACAGAGUCUGAUACACUUUAAUAAACCACCGGAUACUCCAUUUAUCUAAAGCUUCUAGAACUUUUUGUAUUCCCUUCUGCAGAAGUGACAUUUUCUGUGAUAAAAAUAUUAAAUUAAUCUAAUUAAUUUGUGAUGUAAUUUUAUUCCAUUUUCAUUGGCUGGUUUUAGUCUCUAGGGAAUAAGCUUCUGUAACUUUACAAAGAAACUGGAAUAGAUAAAUAAAUAACUAUAUUUUUUAAUAAUCUGUAACACUACUUUCCCUCUCGCAUUAUACUUUUAAAAAAGGAUUGAAAGUUUCUGUAGAGAAAACAUGGUUAUAUGUGAAAAUAAAUUGAUUUUUCAAAUUUCUUUUCAGAAUUUGUGACUUUUAUUAUUGUUAUUAUCAUUAUAACAUAAAUAUAUAUUUUCUACAUCAAAACAUGAAUGUUUAAAAUAAUUAAAUAUCCUUCUAAUUUCUAUGUCAUCUGUAUAACUGCAAUAUAAAAUUUUUUUUUAAAAAUACUAAAUCUGGAAAUCAGUUUAAAAUUUUUUCACUUUGGUAAUUUAUUUAACAAAACAAAAUGCUUCAAAUUAAACUAUAACUCAUAACAUAUAAACAUGU